AUGGCAAGAACCAACCUGCGGGGUCUUCUUACUGCUUUUCUCUUUCUAUUUUUCGCUGCAAGCAUUGCCCCUGUGCAUAGCUAUCCAACUACCCUGUCCAACACCACCCAAGCCCUUUCCAAGCGCACACCCAACCCCAAAAUCCCAACUGCCGAAGAAGCCGCCAAGCACUUGAAAAAGCUCGGUCCUGGCAAGCAAGUCUUCUAUAGGGAUACGACGCACGAAGCACCAUCCCACUACGCGAGAAAGAUCGGUGGUGGCCUUUUAGCAAACGCAGACGAUGGUGACGGAUGGGCAAAUCUUGAAGGCGGUCCAUUCCGUGAGCGAGCCCUGAGGGUGAUUGACAAUAAGCCUACAUGGAGCGAAAUUGAGGUGGAUAAGGCUGUUCAGGCUGUCUCUAAUGGGUAUGCGCUGAACGCAGAGGGUGAUGUCGUUGUUGUCUUGCCGUACAACAUUCCGAACACUUUCAGCUUUUGGGACGGCGAGUUCGAGGUGCUCAAGAAAAAUGAAAAUGUGGAUAAGAUAUUGGCCUUUGAUAUGAAUAAUCCAACUGUAGAGCCAAAGGGGUCACCUCGAGAGCUCUGGCCUAAGGAGCAGCCGAAGACUGAACAUGCUGGUUGA